AUGGCUGCUUUGGAAGUUUUCAAUGACCUGGAGAAGUAUGCCAUGCUUGCGGGCUGCCCGCCAACGCUGCUGGAUCAACUGCUGCCAACGCUGUUGCACAAUAUGGCACUGGCAGAAGAGGACUACUUGAAAGAGCCGCCUGCAGUCCUUGAGGAUGCAGCGCUUGUCGAUCUCCUAAAAUGUCGACUCCGAGAAGGGAUCGAUCUGGAGCCAGUUCAAAGCAGCUUUACCGCCAGACAAAGAGCUGCCUCCGCACUGGAUAAGCUUUCCCUUGCUCUGGAGGAGCCUCUUCUCACGCGAGUGCUGCCCAUGAUUCGGUCGAAGCUGGCCGAGGAGGCUUGGGAGCUCCGUGAGCUUGCAGUGCUGGCCCUUGGUGCAGUGGCCGGUGCGAUCAAAUUGAAUUCUCUGCUGGUGCAGGACAUCAAAGCUCUCCUAUCAGCCUGCGAUGCACCACAGGGCCUUCUCCGCUGUACGGCGCUGUGGUCUGCAUCUCGAUUUGUGCCCCUGUUGGUGAAGCACAAGGAAGCAGUUCUGGAGAGCGAGGAGCUUCUGGACCAGAUGCGACAGGUCUUCUUCAGCCGGCUCAAGGACCCGAACGGCAAGGUGAAAUCGGCAGCUGCAACUGGUGUCUGUGAGCUCCUGGAGAAGAACUCGCAGCAACUGCGACAGCAUGAGGAGUGGAUCCUGGAGGAGAUGCAGAAGGGACUCCACAGUGCUGCCGGUGGAGGCGGUGGUGCCCUCCCUGCCCUUUGCGACUCCGUCACCACAAUGCUGGAGCUGCGGGCCGCCAAGCGGCUCAAAACCGCUGGGGCCCAUGGGGGGCUCUUGGCCGAGCUGAACGCCCAGCUCGACGGGGCGAAUGAUGCCGCCGCAAGCUGCAUCUUCGAGGCCUUCGCGGCCUUCGCAUCUGGCUGGAGUGAUGAGUUCCUGGCGAUUUGCCCGAAGAUUGCAAGGCACGCUGUUCGGGUGAUUCGCAACGGCAUCUAUCCUGCACCCGCUGCGGCAUGCACGGCUAUUGAAGUGCCGCAUGUUGAAGAUGGCAUCCCAGUGACCGUUCGUUCUAUCACGGGCGCCACGCUCCUCUCCGGGCGCCUGGAUUGGGAUCUGCGCGGUGCUGAACUCCGAGACAUGGCGUCGCGGAGCCUCAAUGGCAGGCACUGCAAGUUGGUUGUGGCAGACCAGCUCCUGCCAGAGCAGCUGCCACUCUCGGACUUCUGUGCCCGGGGUUCUCAGAAAGAGUUGAUUCUGACGGCGAUCGUCGUCCCAGCACAUGAAGGCGUUAACGCCGCCCUGGAUUUUCUCGAGUGCGUAGUCGAGGCAAUGGGCAAUAUCCUCUGCGACGAAGCCAGCAUGCCCUGGAAGGAUAUCGUAGCUCUCGCAGUGGAAUGCUUGGAGGAAGAGCACAAGAUGCCGAAGGAGGUGCUGCAAAGCACCUAUUGCUUGCUGGGCACCCUCUGCAAGUCGGAGCAGGAAGCGCUGGAUGCCCACCUGCGAAGUGUUCGGCUGAGACUGCCAAAGCUACUGGUCCCCGGCAUACGGAAGGAAAGCCAGAAGUCGGUUUGCAACAAUGCCAUUUGGGUCACAAUCUGUUGGAAUCGUCUCUUUGCGGAGAUUGAUCUCCCGGUCGAAGACUCCUGCAACCUUGGCACAGCUCUCCAGCAUCUCGCGAAAUCGGAAAAGUCGGUUCUCCGAGAUCAGAGACGUAUGGCCUGUGCUGCCUGGUCUCUCAUCGCGGCCCGAGUCCCUGAGGUGGCCCGGAAUCUGGAAUCAAUCAUCAAAUGCUGGCUGACAACUAUGACGACCGGCGAGGACGAGGUGGAUGUUGAGGCCUGGGCUGGUUUUUCUGUGGCUGCAAAGUCUCAGCCAGAGAUAUUGCUCAGCCAUGCCAAUGAGCUCACGCGCACCAUCCAGUCGAUCAGGAGAACUGAAGGGCAAUCCAGGCUUAGCCGGAUGGAGCCGCAUUUUGAAGAGCUCCUGACACUGUGCAAGACUGCUCGCAACUCUGAGCAGGCGGGGGCUCAGAGGGGCUUGCGUUGUGAGAAGCUCAGAUCUUCUGAGCCCUGGGUCCCAGACCCAAGCCCAGGACGCCGGGGCGGAAGCCCGCCCCUUUCAGCAAAAGGCUCUGAGGAAGCCCUGGAGCUGGGGCAGAUCGAUGAGUUCGUGGAUUCGAUCUGGGGUAACGCCAAGUCCCUACUCGAUUCCGAGCUUGGGAGGAAGCUGACCGACCUGGCUGGUGAGGAGCGCCUCGAGAGCACCAAAGCCGGGAUCAGCGCCACAGGUUCUGGCGCAGUAGCCAUGAUUCCGAUCAGUCUGCUGGACCCGGAUCGGCUCACGCCUCGCUGGGAGUUCCAGCUCGACAUGCUGGCGCUGGACGUCUUCCUCUUCGGAUUAGUGUAUCGCUACGCAGUUCGCACGGGAGACGACAAUCCCAUGCUGCGGCUGGGUGUGUUGGGCGCUUUUGCUUUGCCACGCGCGCUGUUCCUGGUGCGCAUGCCGGCGGAAUGCCAGGCGCUUCCUCUCAGCUGCGGCCCACCGCUCGGUUACUUCAACUGGGACAUGCUGGCCCAGGUCGCGUGGCAUUUCUUGUCCGGCACAGUGAUCUUCGCAGUGGCGCUUUAUGGGCUGGAGCGUGCAAUAGCUACAGGCUUCGUGCGCCGCUUCAAUGCUUCCUGA